GAGUUGUGAGAGCGCGAACACGUCGUGCCGACGGGCAACGGGCUGACAGCUGGAGUAGAAUUCUCGUUUAUCUUUUCACCUUCUUCUUUUACCUUUGCGCCGAGCCGAACAUGAUAACGAUCAUCCAACGAAGGACGACGCGCCGAACGGUCCCGUAGGCGCAAUUCCGGGCUAUAAAUAUAACGAGAGACAAAAGGACGCGGCGGGGAUUUAAAUUUGGAUCGCGUCGAACGGCGCGCGAGAGGGACGAGGGGUAGGACGAGGACUAUUUUAAAACGAUCGGGAGGCGGUUUUAUGUCGGUUUCGAUCGCAACACGCGUCUGACGCGUCUGCGACCAACGUCAACGAGGAUCCUCGCACGCACUUCGCCUUCGUUGUUCCUAACCGUCGCCGUUAAUAUGGGGAUAAUACUGUCCAGGUUUCAGAAAAAGCAGACAACCAUUGAAAUUUUGGAGAGUCUAGAUAAACAAAUCAAAGAUAUCCAACAGUAUGGGCAGACUACGGAACAGAGACACAAGAAAAUAGUGGGGACUAUUAUCAUUUAUGGAGUUGUACUUUAUAUUAUGAUAGCAUUCAUCUUUUACUUUUGCUUCUUCCCAGCUUCGCUGUAUGAUCAGCUCUUUUAUAUAACACCAUUAUUGCUUUUCCCUAUUUUAUUACUUUUAAUAAAGAAAAUGGUUUCUUGGUAUUACAAUCGCAAAAUCACUUAUAAUCAAGAAAAAUUGUCUACGAUAAUAGCGGAGAAGAAGAAGAUAUUAAAUGAAGUUACCGAAACGGAAACAUAUAAAAAAGCUAAAGAAAUAUUAUUAAAAUUUGCACCAGAUGAAUUAACUAUGUCACCUUUAACUCCAAAGCUUAUUCAAAGGAUGCCAAUGCCAUCUGAUACACCUCGACGUCCUACGCCACAGGCUGUAAUAUCUCCUCAACCUUCAGAGUUAAGAAGAAGAAUCAUACCGACUCAAAAUCAACCACAAAUUGCACAUAUUGGGGUAUCUGGUUCUGGUCAAACGACACCUACUAUUAGAUUGAUUAAUCAACCUUCAAAUACCCCUUUCCAGUCCAGAAUAAUUAAUCCUAAUCCGGCCAUAGGUUUCCGAUCGCCGUUACCACGACCUGUAUUGCCGCAACAAAGAACAGUAAUUGAUCGUUUGGUUGAUUAUUUAGUAGGUGAUGGCCCUUCGAAUCGCUAUGCUUUAAUUUGUCGGCAAUGUGAAUCGCACAAUGGAAUGGCUCUGAAAGAAGAGUUUGAAUAUUUUGCAUUCAGAUGUUGUUAUUGUGGUUUUUGGAAUCCUGCGAGAAAACAAAAACCUUCUGCUCCAAAAUUAGAUUUUGAUAACCCUGCUGCAGCUUCAAAUACAUCUGAAGCUAAUCUACCAAAUACAGACGAAGAGACACUAAAACUCACUGAAUUAGAAACCUGCACGCAUUCAGAUACAGAUUCGGAUAUCGAGGUAGUUGAAAGACCAGGCGAAACAUCUGACACUCCUGAAUCAGAAACUAAAGAAUUAUUAGAUGAGAAUGAACCUGAGAAAGUAGAGUCGUAGCACUUUUUUAUUUGAGUAAGCAGUCUUGUGACGAAAAACAAUAUUUAUAAAUCAUAACAUCGAGUAAGUUUAAAAUUUGAUAAAAGUGAAAACUACAACUAAGCAAGAACCAUAAAUGAAUGAAAAAAUAAAUGAUAAAAUGUGUUGACUUUCUUAAUACGUAAUGAGAGUUAGAAGUAUAAAAUACUUUUUAGAUUAUAGUAAUUCAGUCAAUUGAAAAUAUUUAAUAAAAUUGUUGCUAUGAUUUAGAAGUAACAAAUAUUAUAAGAUUGUUGGUAAUGUACGUAAUGAAUUCUAUAGACUUUUUAUUUAAGUUUUGAUUAUAUAGCAUUUGCAAGACAAUUUGUGGAAAAUGUAUGAAAAUUUAACACUAUGAUUAUAGAUUGAUUAUAAGUCGAUCAAUAACAAUCAUUCCAAAUCUUUAUGUGCCUAUAAGCAUUAGUGUUGUUACCGAAAUGCAAAAAGGCUGAAAUAAGAGCAAAAAAUCAUUAGUCUAAUUUUUUAAAAAUAUCUUGUAGAUUUCAUAGAAAUAUUUAUUGCAACAAUAUUUAUAUGAAAUUGCGUUUUAUUUUUAUAUAGUUUUUGAGGCACAAUAUAAUCAAAUGCAACAAAAUUGAACGAUUGCAUGCAUGUGAAAGGUUCAUAUUGCAUAUCAAUUAAUGUAUUUUUUUUUUAUAAGACUGCCUAUCUUAUCUGCAUUGGCAAAUCAUUAUUUAUAUUAGGCUGCAAAUUCUUUUAAGAAGUUGCGCUGGAUCUUUUCUUCAUAUCUCAAUCAAUCAUGCUUUUGUAUUUGGAUAUCGCAAUAGUCGGAUAUAUCGCUUUAUAAAAAAUUAACUUAUGCGUUUUAGCAUAUUAAUUUUUUUGACUUAUAAUUUAGAUAUAAGGCUAUUGUGAAACAUGAGUUUUGUUACGUAAAAGUAAAUCAUGUUUCGGAAAAAAGGAAAAAGAUUGCAUUUGAUAACAGCAUUGUCUUUAUAUGGAAAAUUAUUCAACACGCAAAUGGCUUCUAGGUCAAAUAGUAUUAUAAGAAUAGAAAUCUGAGAAUGCGCUCUAUAUUAUAUUAUUAUUACAUACCCUACUGUGAUUCUAGAUAGGCUAAUGAAACUCAUGAUUAUUAUAUCAGCUCUAAUUUGACUUUAACGUAACCAUGGAUUGUAAAGCUUUGAAUGUGAUUGUUUCUUAUCAUAUUGUAUUUUUUGCUUCCUAAGUAAGGAAUAAAACUCAUUUUAGCGUGAUAAAUUUUUAUGUAGAAGAGAUACCUCUGAGCAAUUUGAAAAAUUCCUUGAUAUAAAUACAAUUUUAGACAGAA